AUGGCAUUUGGUGCAUCUGGAGGUCGCGGUGGAUUUGGUGGUGGGAGAGGAAGAGGUGGAGGUGGAGACAGAGGUGGAAGAGGCGGUGGUCGAGGUGGUGGUCGCGGUGGAGGUGUUCGUGGUGGAGGUGUAAGAGGUCGAGGAGGAGGACGCGGAGCUCCCGGUGGAAGGGGUCGUGGUGGAGACCGAGGUGGACGUGGCGGGCGUGGAGGAGCCAGGGGAGGAGCCAAGGGCGGCUCCAAUGUUAUUCUCGAACCCCACAGACAUCCUGGAGUUUUCAUCGCAAAAGGCAAAGAAUCUCUUCUUGUCACAAAAAACCUUGUACCUGGUGAAUCUGUAUAUGGUGAGAAACGGGUAUCUAUUGACGGCGGUGUUGAGGGCACCAAAAUCGAAUACAGAGUGUGGAAUCCUUUCCGUUCCAAGCUUGCUGCUGGUGUACUGGGAGGUUUGGAUGAUAUUUUCAUCGCACCUGGUAAGAAGGUGCUGUAUCUUGGUGCUGCAAGUGGUACCAGUGUAAGUCAUGUCGCUGACAUUGUCGGACCUGAGGGAAUCGUAUACGCCGUCGAAUUCUCUCUACGAUCUGGCCGUGAUCUUAUAAACAUGGCUAAGAAACGAACAAAUGUCAUUCCUAUCGUCGAAGAUGCCCGACUCCCCACAAAAUACCGUAUGCUCCUCUCUCAAGUCGACGUUAUCUUUGCCGACGUCGCACAACCCGACCAAGCCCGUAUUGUCAUCCUUAACGCCGAGCAUUUUCUUAAAGACGGUGGACAUGUAGUCAUUUCCAUCAAGGCAAGUUGUAUCGACUCAACAAUUCCCCCGGAUGUCGUUUUUGCUCGCGAAGUUGAAACUUUACAAAAUAAUCGGUUCAAGGCCCUGGAACAGGUCCCUUUGGAACCGUAUGAACGUGAUCACGCUAUGGUCUCCGCUGUCUACCUUCGACACAAAGCCAAGAAGAACUGA